AACUGGUGUGUAGCUGCGAACUAGGUUAACUAUAAGGCUUGUGACAGUCUUGCGGACGCAGUCCAGUUGAGUGGCUGUCUGGAUCGAUCGUAAUUCUGAGUUAUAUGUGUAUGAUAUAUGCACAAAUAUUUGCUCAUUCGCCGACGUAUUUGCCUUUCGAUUUCGCUGUGCUGUCUAUAGCAACGACGGGACAGGAUCUGUUUGUUCUCUAGUAGAUGGCUCAGAGUCAGGUGGUUCAGGAGACUGACAUUGUGCGCGGAAAAGGCUUUUAUCGUUAAUUCCAACCAUGUUUUGCUGCCUAUUGUGAUAAGCAACGAAUUCGUGUUUACUAUUAAAUAUAUAUGAGUUGUAAAAGACCAAGCAUGUGCCAAGGCCUUCGUUGGCCUUACUGACAUCGUUGGCGGUAAUACUAACCCAUGAUUUGAACGGAUACAUAUCUGUCAGAGUGAGCCUGACGCCUGUGUCUUGCUCCCAGGAUUCUACCUGAGCAAAUGUUGAUGAAAAUGUGCGAGGCCAUUUCGUCAACAGUAACUGAUGUCCGUGCUGUUUUUUGGGCGAUGCCAGUGCAUUAUAGACGACGUGCUGUUCAGGGUUUGACUUGACGUAUAUUUCUGUAGGGUUUAUAUAUUUUUAGUGAAACUACUGUUAUUCCGGUAGCUAGCAGUUGUUACUGUUACGAAAGGGGGCGGUGUCAGAAAUUAGAAGCACGUUGGAGCACUGGGCUUUAUGAAAGGCCCAGAGAAGACACUCAAAAAAAAAAAGGUGCACGUAAAACUAAAUAUGUUCGUCCAUAAUUCGGGUGCAGAUGCUUGAGACAGCUAGCGCGAUUACCUUUUAGCAGCGUAUUUCAUUAGAAGAUAGCCAAUUAAAUUACGCUAACGUUUUUUUUGUGGUCAGUGAAACUGCAGUAUGUCUAAGGCACCGUUGUUGUGGACUAUUGUUACUUGUUAAGACUACGCAACCAGAUGCCAAGCGUUUGUAUGCCCCGCAUUGCACAUUUGCAUAAAUGCGAUGCCUCCGUUCGCUGCGUAUGUCAGCGCUGAGUUCCUUCGUUCGAUACAAUUUACGUUUACUACUUUAAGGUUUUCGUAUAGAUGUAGUACAUUUCAAUCGUCUUGGCUAUCCGUUACCCAUGGAAACGUCAGCAGUGUGAAGGCAUUAGCAAAAAAUGGUGAAAUUCGUGUCAAUCAGUCUGGAACCAGAUGGCUUCGUUUGACUUCGAUUCAGUUUGGCUUGCGUCGCCUCGUUCGAUGUUUGCUAUCGCCUUCGUUUGGGUUUGCUUCUUUAGUGUCGCUAGUCACCAGACAGACGGGUAGAUCUUCCUUUCGAUGAUUUAACGUCUUUCUUCUCGUCACCAUCGGAUCUGUUGUUAUUGUUGUUUUCGUGAGUCCUUCCUUCUUCGCUAAUAUAGCGGUUGCGCUGUUGGACGGGUCAUUGGCUUGAUCCUUCCCUCUUUUUCGAUCAGACGGCAAGCUAAAUAAUCUAAAUAAUGUAGACGAAGCAACAGCCAGCGUUUUCUUUUUUUUUUUCUUUUUAUUAUAUAGUUACAUAUUAUAAAAAUGUAUCGACAUUGACUGUGUAUAUAGGGAGACAAGAACUAUACGUUUUCAAAUCUAAUCAAAUAAACGAACUUAACUGAAGUAAAUACUGUACUGGAUUAUUUUACUGCUGGCCGUAACUGCACCACAACAGUAAUCAAGUAUCAAAGAAACAUCUUCAUCAACGACUUCGCAAGCUGUCAAUUAGAGUCAAAGUUAUCCGUCGCAAGUAAUAACCACUCCGAAUCAACGAAUCUUACUAGCUAUAUACCUAUACCUACAAGUAUUAGGUGACGAGUACACUCAACGAACCUAUUUAAUCAAGAAAAAUAACGCAACGUAGAAGCAAAGCAACACUGCCCGCUAACAUCUUUGGUAGUCCCUCAUUCUUCAAGCUUCCGAGUGGAGGUGUGCGGAAAAAUCCACUUCCUGCAAAUCCCGCAGGUCUUCAGCAACCUUGCAGAUAUACCUUAACGAAUCUAGAUUGCCAUUUCAUUACUACGCAAAAUGUCGGUAGCCGCUCCGCUGUCGAAGUCGUCCUCGGUAAAGUGCGUUCAGAAGCUGAGCAAACCGCGGCCUCUGAAGCUGGGUUCUUCAAGCGAGUCUGAAAAUGUACCUCCGUUAGUCUCGCCUGUAGCACUCACUUACGCCAACGUGGACAACAUUAAUGAGGACGAUGUGUUGCGCGAGUUAGAAAGUCUGCAUGUAUCGAUUUCGAACGGGAAUUACGAGCCGGCAACCUCGGCGCAAGUAGCUCGUGUGUGCCACUUACUAAAACUGCGAGGUGCUCAUAUGGAUUCUGAUGGCCAUCGCGAUCAACUUGAUGUCUAUAUGGUUACACUUCGAUCGGCAGCCCGAGAUGAUCGUUUAGACGUUGCUGCGAGGACUCGCCUUUUAGAGGUGCUGGAGUUGCGCGGCUUAAAAUGGAGGUUAACUGAUGACGUUGCCGAGUUCUACAAGAAGCUCGAGCCGGACUCAUGCGCGGUGACGCAAGUUGGAAGUGCAGGUGGAGGCAGUCAGGUUGUUCUGCCGGGGCCCCCGCUGACCCUUCAGCAGGUGCAACAGCAGAUACAACAGGUGCAGCAGGUGCCCGCCAACGGACACGGUCACGGUCCGGCUAUGAUCAUUCCUCAAUACAUACCGUUCACGCAAUUCCCAAUGCCAGCCGGUAGCCACGUACAGCCUAAUGUCUUGGCCAACGUUAAUGUCAAUGUGCCGCUAGGCCAGGUGCAACAGCAGGUGCAGGCGGCUGCCGCCGUUCAGGCCGUUCAGGCCGCGGCGGCAGCACAAGCAGCCGCUCAGGCCCAGGCUCAAGCGCAGGCGGCACAAGCGGCACAGGCGCAAGCGGCGCAGGCACAGGCCCAGGCUCAAGCUCAAGCUCAGGCGCAGCAAGCUGCGCAGGCCGCGCAGGCCGCGCAAGCUCAAGCUGCGGCUGCCGCAGCAGCUCCGUUUAUGCCUGGCGAAGUUCUCAGAUCUUCGGGCAAGUUUGGCAAACCGGCCAAAGUUCCGGGCCGCAACUUCCUCAAGGACGAGGUCAUUAUACGAAAUGCUGACUCCGGAAAAGUUAUGGGAAUCAAGGGUCGCCGUGUGCAUAUGAUAGAGGAGCUCAGCGAUACAGUCAUCUCGUUCCAAAGAGUAAGUCCAGGGGCCCGGGACCGGCUGGUUCAAAUCACUGGACCCACCGAAGAAAGCAUUCAUCAAGCGAGACAACUAAUUGAGGAAACGAUCAGGCGCAAUGCAUCACCGGUGCGCGAGCCUUCGUCUCAAGAGGAGGAAUCGAGUGGGGCUGGCAGUUACGACGGUGGGCCGCAAUCGCCUCCGGCUGGAGCUUCUUCGCCUUCGGCGGGGGCCUCAAGUCCUCACGAAGGACCAUUGUCGCUUGGUUCUGGCGGAUCGACAGCUGGAGGCAGACUGCCGCCACCUCUGCAGCACUCACUCAGUACAGGAGACGCCACAGCUGACCGCGAUUACACCUACAUGGUGCAGGGCAUUAAGAUCAGUGCACCCAAACAACAACUUGCUCUCGCAGCAAAGGCUGUGCUUGAGCAGCACUUUUCGGCAGCAGCCCUAAUGCUGACCGAGCCAAAUUUCAUUCGAGUUAGUCAACAAGGUGGAGGGGGUCAAUUGCCCCUUGUGGCAGGCUUGGCUACGGUGGGAUCUCGGGGAGCCGGAAACUAUUUCGAUGGCAGUGGCAAGGGCAAAGCGGGUGACGGCUGGAGCAGUUCGAGCUCCAGUGACGAGGACACUUAUCGAUGCGACAAUGUGACACCAACUGUCAGUACCAACUCUGAUGGAGAUCGCCAAGGUGGCCAUCAUAAACCGGCGAGAAAUCGGGCCAGGUCGUUGGUAUCAUCGGAGUGCAUUGGUGAAGUCGAGCCGAAAUGUGAGGCCGAGGUCGAAACGACCGAAAGCAAAGAGGAAAAUAUUAUCCCCACUCGUGGAAGUGGGAAAGCCGCUAAUCUUACCAGGGACCAGUUGCUCGACCUUGCCGGAUCGGAGCUCACAAAAAAGGCACCCGAGGAUCUCGACAAUCUUGACCCAGACUUUGCCGUCGUAAUAAUGCGACAGGAUUUAACAACAUUUGAUGUCGAGGCGUUCCGCAAGUGGAGUCCGUCUGGCUCCGGGCCGUCAUCCGCCUCUUCGAAUUCUGGUGGCCAUUCUGCUCACCACAAUCAGGCACAAGCCUCUCCGCCAGGAAGAUCCCCACCUUCGUCAAAUGAUUCCGAAGAAAACACCUCAUAAAAGAUCAGUUUCCCAUCAAUAAAUACACAAAAGUAAUAUAUCGACAAAUACUAUACUACAUAAGUAUUGACAAGACAAAACGAACAACAGCUGAAAUACGCAAACGUUACAAUAACAAAUACACUAUGAAGCUGCCAUGAAAUGAUCAACGAGUCAACGGAGGCAGGUGAAACUUCAAAGCGGGCUUCUUAUGUCUUUAUCUCCACCCAGCAGUUUGAAGUACAGACACCUUGAUGGCUAAGGUCCUUGGCUGAAGACACCCCAUUUAUCGUGCCCCCUAUCGUUGCGAUUCCGCGAAUGCUUGCAUGCACACAGCACAAAAUAUUUUACGUAGUGUUCGUUUUUCCUUUACAAGAGCAAACGCAAUUCAGCGAUGUGCCAGGCGGUGCUCUGCUAGGCUGACGCUUCAGUGUAUUGUUCAACGAUUUGUUAUUACGAGUUUGUAUUUUUUGUGCCGGAGUCAACGUAAUAGAUGCCCUAGAUAUUGUUAAUGAUGCAUUUGAUUUUGAUAACUUUGUUAUUCGCUUUGUUUACCUAUACACAGAACAUCUCCUAAUGUGGUCCUUUACACCCCUUCCAACGUUUCUCCCGCACGACAGCCCACCAUGACUUUAUGGACGUUGUUUCCCUGCUUUAUUUAUCGACGAUGUGCAGUAGGCGUCGAAACGGGGGCAGUUGAAGCAGCACGUGGGCGACCCAUUAAAUGUAGGUGCCAUUUAUUAUAGAUGCAUUGCCAUCGUUUUUAUGGAUGGUGGCUUCAGCUGAAGUGGCAACGACAGCAGUACUAGUAAUAGUUGCAGUAGUUGUAGUAGUAGUAAGAGAGACGUACUAAAGCUAGAUGCUAUCUUAUUGUAGCAGCUGUGCAUUAGUGUGAUCAUAUCUAGUGAGCGCCGGAAAGAUCCAACAGUCAAUUUGUAAGAUCGAAAAGGGCUGUGCUUCUGAUCGGACAAGGUGAUAUUCUUUCCUUUUGUUGUUGUGCAGAGCAUGCCCACAUGUGGGUGUACAUCGGUCGGCAUCUAUCACCGAAUAGACAAAAGUAGAGUCGAAAACGACCUGUGCAAGACGCGUUUUUUUGCACCCUUCUACGAAUUCUAUCCUUACAUUACACUUAAUAUCCUAGUAGUCGGACGUAUAGCAACCGUUAUUGUGUGUAUGUAACAGUGUGUGUAUACAAAAAAUCCAGUGCAAUUUGGCAAGAAACAAAGAAGAUUAGGAAUACAAAAUAUAAAUAUUUCAUAGUGGACACUAUAAUGUCGAUGAACAAAUGCGACUCUGUUUUCACAUUUCAUCAACAACCGCAAAAAACACAAAAAUCAAUUAUUUGGAUAAAUGUCUAGUUAAUAUAUUGUUAUAAAAAAAAUUAACAAACAACAUACGCUUAGCACCCAUCAGCAGAAAAAAAGCAUGUUAUGUUUAAAUAAACAACAAAAAAAUAUGCCAUACAUAUGCGAAAAAUGACACAUUGACUGCGAACAAACACACAAGUAACACAUUACACAAAAUGACUAAGGUUUUACAGAUGUUCUAUAUAUAUAUAUAUAUAUAUAUAUAUAUAUAUAUAUAUAUAUAUAUAUAUGUAUUUACUUUAUUUGGACAGGAAUGGUGUGACGACCCAUCUGCGACUGUCGUAGUGAUAUCUAGAACACACACACACACAGGCGUCGGAUAUACAAACAGUAGAGUAAUAUGUAUCUGAUCCGCCUGCGCGACCACUCUUUUUAUACUACGAAUAUAUAUAUAUAUAAACAUACAAGGUGUAUGUGAAAAUGAAGGUGAAAAAGAUUAAGAUAUAUAUAUAUAUAUACAUAUAUAUAUAUACAUGCGCAAUAAAUCCCGACGAAAACUAUUCGCUGAUCAUAUAUGAAUACGCGUCAGCGUGUUAUACUUCAAGGUGGCGAAGAAAGGCGGGGGCCCAGGUACGAACUCGUGCGUUUGUUCGCGGUGUCUCGAACGAACCUAGCUAAUAAACGAUACGUGAUGAGUUCUAAGGAUACAUAAAUUAAUAUACUGAUUGAAUUUACUUAAUCAACGCCAUCUCAUGCAGCACAGCCCAGUGCGGUGUCACAUAUUUGUAUGCAAUAAAGUAACACGAAUAGAUGGCUGCCAUAACGAUUGCUGCACGAAUCAAUGUGUAGCAUAUCGCAAAAGCAUGGCGGCACAUCAUGCAUCGCUUGGUAUUCGAAACGCGACUGGGUAAUCAAUCAUGAAUCUAGCACUGUUCUUUGUCACCUUUCUAGUUGCUUGUGCCGUAGUCAAUAGAUUGUCACUCAGAACCAUAUAUACCGCAGGGCUUAGGGCGGAGAUGUGGAACAGUCGGUCAGUUGCUUGUCCAAGGAUGUCCUCGUUACUUUAAGAGUCAGACUAUUUCUUCUGUAUUCAAAUUAUCUCUAUUGUAUUAAAAAAAUACGGCACUUUCAAAUGAGCUAAAUAAUAUCGGUGGAUUGUUCACCUGCGACGCUCUUAACGAAGGACGAUUGGGAGUUGACCUUAGGCAGUACAGGCAGAAAUCAAAGCCUUCGUAACGCGCUCGUGAAUGUGCCUAAUAGGGCAACUCCCCAUAAAAACAUGCACCAUUUUUCGUGUUUUGUUCUCAAAAUAAUUAAAACUCGUACUAUUAUCUCAAAUGGCACCCAAAGGCAGCAAGUCAACCUUUCCUCUAUUUCCAUUUAUUUGCCCCGAAACAUUGCCGCGGUGAACUUGACCUGUAUUACAAAGUCAAUGAUGAUAACAAUAAAAAUAUUGAAGUGGCCUCGGAUUAGUAUACGAAAACAACUUGUUCAACACAUGCAAGGGUGCACAUAUCAUGUUCACUCUUCAGUGGCAUGUCCUGUACUAAUGGGAAGGUCAAAAGUCGAUUAAAAAACUCACUUUACCGACUCGAAGAUCCAAUCUCCCUAAACUUUCUCUUUGAUUGAUUGUUAGAAGCAGUAUAUGCUACAAAUAGUUGUUAUCAUCACAUUCAACCUCUGCUGACUUUAGAACUCUUUACUCUAUAUUGCUGCUCUAUAUUCAUAACAACGAUGUAGUCGAACAUCGAUAAAUCGAGGGAUCUUACAUAAAAGAAUAGCAGCCAUAAUGUGCUAUUGGUCUUGAGUUACUCCCUGAAAAUAUUGUAUCGAAAAGAUAACGAAACUAACAAACCAAAAUUUCAACCAUAUAGGGUAACUUAUUAUCAGAAGGCCCGUUAUGGAGAUAAACCUUCACUGCUCUUUUUUGGAAAAUUUCUGAUCAAAAAGCCUUGAAGCUGUCAUCUUUUUUUUGCAAGUUCAGUGGUACCAAUAAUGAUCCCUUGCUUGAAUGAGGCGUUUCAUUUUUAUCUUGUAGCGUUAUAUUGCCCAGUAGCAUAUGGCUGUUAUUGUUUUAGAUUUACAAAACCAGAUUAAUCCAAAAUGGAAGGUACCAUACGCGGACAAAGCGAAUGGGUAGCUUAACUGCUCGAAACGAAAAAUGCAACGAUAAUGUGGCGGCAAUAAGUGUAAUAUUGUUUCAAGAUUACAUCUGAGAUGAUGGGACUACCGAUAUAUAUGUGGUGCUCCUUAACUACUAACACUAAUGGAUGCAAAACUGUUGUGCGCUAGUGUUUUUGACAACACGUAAAUAGUAUGAGGGACACCGAUAACAGCUUGGGAAAUACUCGGUCCUUUAUCGUAUUGUGCACGGAGCAACACGGAAGUUUAAAAGAAAAAGGCAAAGAAAAAAUACGGGAGAAUGACAAUAGGCGAGCAGAAAGCAAUGAACCUUUCAAGUAUUGCAAUAAAAAGAAAUUAGGGAGUUUUUUUUAGAUCAACACCUAUCUGACUGUGUUUUAUUUGCUUAUUGACGUUAUAACACUAAAAAACAAGAUUAAUGAAGGGCGGAAGACCAAAGCGAAUCUAGUUAAUUUGAACUUGAAAAGCCUCGUUCGCUUAUUAUUAUUAUUAUUAAGUAAAUUGUUAACAAUGACCUAUUUAAGCGUGGAAUGUAGUACUUC